CAGAGGUAGGAGGGGCAUGGCAAGGGUUAGGGUUAGGCUUUGCUGCGAAUCGAGUUGGGACGAAUCAGGCGAAGUAGCAGAAGGAGCGUCUCGGAGAAGCUCAGUGCGUGCUCGUGACCAUGUAUGGGGCGAGAGGGGCAUUGUUGGGAAGCGGGGGGGUUUCGGACGGGUACGAGGUCAGCUCAAAGAGACAAAGAAUGAUGGAAUCAAAUCCCUACUUCGCAGUGAGCAGCAGCCUGAGUGGCUUUCAACCUUAUGGGUUUGGUGGUGGCUUUCAGCCCCCUCCUUUGCCUGUGGUUCGUCUCAGGGGGCUUCCGUUCGACUGCACUGAUAUUGACAUAUUCAAGUUCUUUGCUGGACUGGACAUUGUGGACGUGUUAUUGGUCAACAAGAACGGAAGGUUCACAGGAGAAGCCUUUGUUCUCUUUGCGGUUCCUAUGCAGGUGGAGUUGGCUUUGCAGAGAGAUCGAGUAAACAUGGGGCGCAGGUACGUUGAAGUUUUCAGGUGCAAGAGACAGGACUAUUACCAUGCUGUGGCGACAGAGGUCAAUUACGAAGGAAUAUAUGACAAUGAUUAUCAUGGAAGUCCUCCCCCAUCUCGAGCGAGGAGGUUUAGUGAUAAGGAUCAAUUGGAGUACACUGAAAUUCUGAAGAUGCGUGGUCUCCCAUUCUCAGCGACACAAUCAGAAAUAGUCCAAUUCUUUAAAGACUUCAAGCUGGUAGAAGAUAAGGUACACGUUGCGUGCCGUCCAGAUGGGAAAGCUACCGGAGAGGCAUACGUUGAGUUUGUUUCUACUGAGGAGGCUAAGAGAGCAAUGAGCAAGGACAAGAUGAUGAUUGGGAGAAGGUAUGUGGAGCUGUUUCCUUCAACACCAGAUGAAGCUAGAAGGGCUGAGUCAAGAUCAAGGCGGUGAAAAGGUCAGCCUGUGGAUUGUCCGUUCUGUCUAUUAAUGAAUCCACUUUUUAUGAUGCCAAAGCUUUCUUGUUUUAUGGUAUUAAGAUAUUGAUUAGAAUAUGUACUGUCUUUUAAGGGGCGGAGUUCACGUUUUAAUGGAUGAUGAGGGAUGCAGUAAUUGGUAUAUUUUCAUAUGAUUUCUACUUCCUUUUUUGUAGCAUGUUAUUGUUGCAAGUGUGCGUGCUAAGCCAGUGGUUUAAUCUUGA